UAGCAUCACAUUAAUUUACUCACAUUUAUGUAAUUCCUCCUUUUGACGAAAGUUAUCGUAAAUGCUGGCAUAUUGCGUAUUUAUUUUUAAUUCUCCAUCGGAAUCCGAAUUAUUGUCGUCGAAUAAAGACAUUAUUAAUAGAAACAAAUAUACAACGCGUGCGUGAACACAACUGUUACAUACUUCCAGGAAACUAACCUAAUUUGGACGAAACGUGUUAAAAACACUUGCUUUACUUGUGAAUUGCAGACUGUACAAGAAUGGCCUGUAUUUUGAGCAAGGCUCCCAUUUUCUACCGAGCUGCUUUUCACAAGACUAUAAUUUUUGGAUCUGUAACUCAAGUCAACAGAAGACUAUAUAAUCAGCAUUUAACUAAUAAGACAAAUGCCUUUAUGGAACGAAAAUUCAGAUUCAAAGACAAUAUAAGUAAUGAUUACAAACUUGUAUACAGAGAGCAAAAAAUUGUCAAUGGUAUUAUGAUCAUUGGUCACACUGCUGGAUGGAUAGGUGCUAUUUAUGGUAUGUGUCUUAUGGGACUUGAAUUUCUCAUGGAUCCACCAAUGGAUAAAGGAGUAGAAUUUGAAGGGGGUGGCAUACUAAUGUCUCUAAGUAAACCGAAAAAAAUACUCUUGUUGCUCUGCUGUAUUGGCAUAUGUACUACGCUUAUACUAUGCAGUCGAAUAAUUCCUUUUAGAAUUUAUCAUAGUGCUACAGAGAAAUUGUACAAAGCUGUAUUCGUGCCCUCGAUAUCGUUCAAAAAACAAAUAGUAACAUUCGGCGAAUUUACUGCUGUACCAAUAUUCAAGCGUAGACAUGCGGGAGAUAUAUUGUUUAAAAUUAAUGGUCGUAUUGUUUUACUGGAUAUAGAAUGUUUUCCAGUACCAUUUAUGCGUGAACGAAUGAUUAUCAAAUCCACUUAAAAUUCUUUAUGUAUAUUUAAUUAUUAUUUAUAUUGUGUCUUAGUUUCUCUUAUUAUCCAUGAUAUUAUCCAGUUAGUCUUACACAUUGUAACAUUAGACAUUGUAAUAAAUAAAAUUUCUUCUACAGUA